AUGGCUAACACCAUGGUCUCGGUGCGCAGCUCCAAGCUGGGACCCCUCGCCUGGGACACUGUCACUAAACAUCAGCUUUUUUUACAGAAAGUCUCUUCCAAACUGGUGCCCAAUGCCAGGAUGCAGGGGAAAGGCCCUAGGCUGGAUAAGGCCUCUGGACCAGCUCUACCUCCAGGCUCAGGGGCUGGACCUCCAGGACUGGGGAGCACCCAGAUUGACGGCUCUAUGUUAGAUGAAGCUCAACAUAGCAGUGGGGGUGGAUCUCCAACAAAAGUGAGGCAGACCCAAAGUCAGAGCCAGGGUAUUCCCAAACCUCGCAGCACCGCAGAACAAGCAUCUUUGUUGACUGCAGGGAGUCAAGCAAGCUCCUUCUUCAAACCAUCAGCCCAUCAUCAGCCAGCAGUGGGGUCGGCUGGACGGCCUGUUGUACCCACAUUGUCAAAACUACCUGUUAAGGGAUUGCCCACAAGCUUGAGUUCUCUGUCACUGGGAAGCAACGAAAACAAUGGAGCUACAAGCAAAGUUUCUCCAGCAACAGGGACAAGGCCAGAUGAGCAGCCCAGUAGAAGCAUGUGUCCCAUGGGCAGCCAGAGUGUUAAAAAGCCCCCAAGCUCCAGCGCAACAGCAACCCAAGGCACCUUUACUACCAGUGACACAGUCUUCAGUGCUAACACUGCUGCUCCAAAGGCUCCUGUCAUUAGGAGCAGAACACUGUCUCUGCAGUCAAGGACCAUGGCUACAAGGCUGAAGGCACCAGCAGCCACUAACCACAACACAGGCAAGACGACAGCUGCCAGUCAGACAACAGCAAAGGCUGCUCCCUCUGCCAAUCAGGGCUUGACGAAACAGGACUCCCAGUAUCCCUUGCAGAGAAGUGGCCUAGCAAGACUUGCAAAAAGUCAGCUGAACAGUAUAGUCUGCAAAAACAAACCCCGGGAGGUACAAGUGAGGCCCACAAACACCAAUAGCAGCUCGCAGGCAGCAGCGCUCGCCAAAGUAAACAGCCAGAACCAGCUGCAGCCUUCACCUGAACUGGUACCGAACUUGGUGAAUACAAAUAUGCCAGUAACGGCUGUCCCCCCAAUGCUUGUCACUGAAGUCAAAAGGCUUGGAUUCAAAGCGAGAACAGGGUCUCGAUCCAGCCCCAAAACUGGAUGCCGCAUACAGAAUGCAUCCAAACCUGGUGUGGCCCGGGUUGCUGCGGCGGAGGGAACGGUGAUUACAGCUAAACAAAACCAGAGCAAACAGCAGGCAGAGAAGAAGAACCAGGUCAUCAAUCAGCUGAGGAAGCUUCUUGUCCAGGGGAAUAAAAGAGUAGAAGCUCUGGCUACAGUCAUCCAACAUCUCUUCACCGAGUACGAAGAGGCCUUGAAGCAGAAGAAGGAGCUGUCACUGGAGCUGGCAAAGCUCCGAGAUGAGCUGGUCACAACAUCACAGUGCUGUGAACGUCUGGAGAAUGAGAGGGAUGAGUUGCGCCUCUGCUUGGAAGAGGCUUUGAAAAGGCUAGAGGAGCAGCACAAGGAGGAGCUGGCGCAGCUGGAAGUCAGACUGAGAAGUUUUUACCAAACAGAGUGGGACAAUGUCCACCAGACGUACCAGGAGGAAGCUGACAAGUGCCGCAUGUUGAUGAAGCAGCAGGUCGAGGAGCUGAGGAACCAGCAGGAAACAGAAAAGAAGAACCUAGAAGUGAGUCAUAGACAGAGGAUGGAGUCUGUCAAAAAGCAGUAUGAAACCUCAAUACAAGAGUUGAAGAGUAUCCAGCUGACAGAUCUGGACACCCUGGAGAAAACACUGACAGAGACUGAAACUUCUCUCUUUGAGAAAAUAUCUGAGCUGUCGGCUGAGAAGGAGGCUCUGAAUGAGAAGCUGAAGGCAGAGGAGGAGAGAAGGAGGCGAAUACUCACAGACAAGAAUCUGAAGGACUCCCACACAGUGUACCUAGAGCAGGAGCUUGAAAGUCUGAAGGUGGUACUGGAGAUCAAGAACAACCAGCUUCACCAGAAGGAGAAGAAGCUCAUUGAGAUGGACAAACUGCUGGAGACUAAUGUGAAACUGGAGGAGUGCCUGAAGAAGGUUCAGCAAGAGAACGAGGACUACAAGGCCAGAAAUGACAAACAUGCUGCUCUCUCCAAGCAGCUGUCCAAUGAACAGGCCGUACUCCAGCAGACGUUGCAGAAAGAGUCCAAGGUCAACAAGCGUCUGUCCAUGGAGAAAGAGGAGCUGCUGUGGAAGUUGCACAAUGGUGACCUGCUGGCAUGUCCCCGCCACGUCUCACCAACCUCUUCUUCCAACUCAACGAGGAACUCUGCCUUCUUCCCCACGACUACACAAUUAUCGCCUAGAUAGCCCCAAAGUAAACAGUGCCCCCCCUUCUCUUGUUUGGCCCCCUAUCACCUUUUUAAGCCUUGGAAGGAUGGAAGAGAACUCAGCAGAGUUGUUGGAUGUUAGUCACCUAAUUAAGUUGGACAUUUUAAAUUAAUUACAUUCAAAGAUGCUUAUUUUGUAAGCAAGAAGACUGCAGUGAAACUGAUGCACUUGAAUCUGAGCAGGGGACUGGCCUUGCUCUCUAUCAGUCUCGACCGAACGCCUAGUUCAUAAACAAAUCUUUCUGAAAAAAAGAUAUCAGGCAAACCUCAGGGUCUUUAAAUAGCGCCUCACUCUCGUUACUACUAUCCGUACCAUUUUGUGGUCUUUCCAGUGUUGUACAGCUCAUCUUGUUCUUUUAUACUCCUUCUGUUUGAGAGAUGCUUGGGAAAAAAAAUCUUUGGAUUUGUUAUGUAUGUAAUCAGAAAUUAAAGGUACUUCUUGGUGGAUUUGGAAGGACACUUUUGUCAUUUUCCCCUACAUUCAAAGAGGAUGUUUUUUUCCCUCUGCCAAAGAGCGUAGCUCAAUCACUGUUCUGAGGAAGUGGAUCACCUUGUCCUGUUACUUGUCCUUCUGCUGGCAAACCAGAGGAAGGGACCUUAUUGAACCUUUGAAUUAAUGUCUCUCCAUGUAAGCUUUUCACAACCUCUAACUUAAGCUACUAUGUGGCAUGUAUUCACCAUUUGAUGUUAAGUCUGAGCAGGCCAGUUCAGACACACAUAAAGUCUCAGAGCCAAAUAUGCAGUUUGUUUAAUAAGAAGAAAAAAAUCAUCACUUUGUUUUGUUCUUUGUUUGUUACCUAAAUGCCUCAGCGGAAUAUGUUAUAUUGUACACAGAAUAAAUACAAUAUGAGUUAAAA